GCUUUUCAUUCCUCUGCAAUGUGUGGCGCGUUUCUAUAAUUUGAGCUGCACAUUCCACAUCACAGAAUAGCUUCAGUUUGCAGAAGCGAAACCCAGCAAUUUGCUGUGCCUGUCCCUCCGAUGGCUGACAAGAGCAAGCAGGGAGAAAGAUGCCAGAUACAAUUGGGGCCUGGCUCCAUUCCCGACCACCCUGUUGGAUCGAAAUUUGUUCAGGAUCUAAAGUGCGCCCUUGAUCAGCAGGACCAGGAACGGGUGAGCCACCUCCUUCAGCAUCAUGUUAAAUGCGUGGAUGCCAUCAUCGAACUUUCCAAUGAUGACUGGAUGAAGGAUCCAUCUGCCCAACUGGACCCUCUCAUUUUGCUCGGGUAUGCACUUCCAGAUGACCGUUACGUUUGUCUUUACUCUUUCAUGGGAUGUGGGUGUCACUGGCAAGGUCUCUGGUCUCUGGAGUACAAGCAAGAGCUGACCAGCCCCCUGUGCAUCGCUGCGGGACAUGGCUACACUGACUGCCUGCAGUACUUGCUCCAACGAGGGGCCAAGCCCAACAUGAUUGUGGGGACCAAGAAUGCCCUCCAUGCAGCCUGUGAGAAUGCACACACGGAGUGUACGCAGCAGCUGCUAGAACACGGGGCUAACCCAAGACUGCUGACAGAGGACGGACUGUCAGCCCUGCACCUCUGCAACACCACGCAGACCUUUCGGUGUGCAAAGCUGCUGCUGAAAUACCGUGCAGAUGUCAACCAGUUGUCCGAGGAUCUGGAGACCCCCUUGCAUGUGGCAGCCAAACAGGGCCUUCACAAUCAUGUCCACCUCUAUCUCAGAUACGGGGCCACGGUGAACACCAUGAAUGGCCACCGGGAAUCCCCGCUGGGCUGCGCCUGCAGCAAUGCAUGGAGCCUGGAGAGUCAGGAGGACUACCUCCGAGUGUGCCAGGUCCUCAUCUUGAGUGGCGCCGACGUGAAUUCUGUGGAUGAUGAGAACCGCAGCCCACUGCACAAGGCAUCCAAGAAUGCCAGCUUCCAGCUGGUCCAGCUGCUGCUGAAACACAAGGCGGAUGUCAAUGCCAUUGACUACAAUGGGUGCUCACCCCUCGCCAACGUGAUCCAGACAGCACCUUUUAAGGGAGAACUGAAUCCCCACCGGACCGUCCAAACCUUACUCAACCAUGGCUCCCACAGGGUGUGGCCUGCUGCCUUCCCCAAGGUGCUGAAAAGCUGUGCAGACUCUCCCAAGACAAUCGAAGUUUUGUUUAAUUCAUAUCAACAAAUCCAGGUGACUGAAGAAUGGAUGGAGGCUGUCCCAGAAGAGUUAUUCCAGCUUCACCGGCCAUUCUAUGAGUCUCUCUUUGCUCUGGCCUGCAGUCCCCGCUCCUUGCAACACCUGUGCCGCUUCGCUGCCCGGAAACUGUUUGGUGCCCAAUGCCACGCCCUCAUCCCCAGGCUGCCAAUGCCAAAGUGUUUGCGUGCAUACCUACUCUUGGAGCCAGACGGCCUGGUGUGUUAAUCUCCUGCAUCGGUGAAGCAUUCUUCCAUCAUCCGUUUCAAAACAAAACAUAGCACCAACCGCAAAGUGUUUAAAGGACCGACUGGAGUCUCCAACAUUGGAACCGGAACAAAAAGGGUUAAGUUAUACCAACAAAGUUGCGCAGACUAGACUUGUAUUCCCUUCAGUAUAUGACAAUUAUGGGGUGAUCUAAUUUAGGUGUUUAAGAUUAUUAAGGGAGUUGAUAAGUUAAUGGAAACUAUCGCCCCCUGGUGAGUGACUCCAGAACAAUGGGUCACAGACACAAAAUCAGAACCAUGGAGGGUAAAUGGAGUUGAGCUUUGCAGUAGCACUGUUGAACUGACUAGCAGAACAGGCUUAAGGGGUUGAAUGGUUUUCUCCCAUUCCUAACUGCAGAAGACGUCACUAAUUCCAGCAGAAUAGUUGGAAUCACAAAGUAUUGGAGAGAUCUUUGACUUAAUGGAAGAUGCUUCCAGGUGCAAUUGGCAGGAAUGAUUUCUAAUGGUACUCAAACCAUCACCACCCAAGCAUUUCUGUAGUUGCAAAUAACUUUAUUUUUACCCCGGUUCCUGCACCUCUUCCCCAGGUCCGUUUAUCCAUUCACCUGCACAUCUCCAAGGGCUGGAAUCCCACACUCAAAGUCAGCAGGAACCUCUCCAGCAUCAGCUCAAGUGAUUGUCCCUCAAACUGCAGGUUAAAUAUGAACGUUUCAUAUCAACACAGUUUGUGGCUACACCAGAGAUUUAAAGUAAGAUUUGCAUUUAUAAAUAUUUUUAAACAGCUAAUUCAGGUAUGGUCUGCCACACCUCUGGCGCAGUUGGGAUUUGAAUUUAGGCCUCCAAGCCCAGACGUAAGGAUGCUACCACCCCACCACUAGAACCCUAAUACGUGCAUUUAUAUAGCACCUUUCACAGGUUCACAGCUUCCCAAAGUAUUUAAAGCCAAUGAAACACAAUUGUUGUUGGAAUUGCAACAGCCAGUUUGUAAACUCUCACAAACAGCAAUGCGAUAAUGAUUAGAUCAUCUGCUUUAGCGACGUUGAUUGAAAAAUACGUUUUGGUCACGACAUCAGGGAGAGUAGUCCUAACCUUUUUUUUCGAAAUUGUGCGGCAGGAACUUUCAUGUGCACUUGCGAGAGCUUAUGGACCUUAUUAAUUAGCUCAUUAGAGAGCAGUGCAGAAUUCACUCAGUGUUGCACAAACUACGAUUA